UAUUUCUUGGUGACAUACCGUUUACUCUGCUGUUCGUGCUUCCCCGCAACUCACUUUUCUUCGAUCACUGAAUCUGAACGUUUACAAAACCAGCCAUAAAAUUCCAAUAUAUAAAGCAAACACAGAAACCCCCAAAAAUAAGAGAGAAGCAAAGAGCGAAAAGCUUAUGAGCUGUGUUCUUUGUUUUUCUCUCUGAAACAAAACCAACACGACGCUGCUCUUUCAAUUUCCCGCAACUACCACUGCAUCACUUCUGCACCUUCCUCUUCUCCUCUCUCGCCAAAACGAUAAAGCUGUGGGAUUUUGAAACUAGUGAUACAUUCUAUUGCUUGAAGGCGGAGCAGUGAAAAAUUCAGUUUGUAUAUUAGAAGCUCUAGUUCAAUAUGUCUUCUGCAAGCAAGGGUGACAGGAAGGCUACCCUUGAUACAGCAUCAUGGAUGUUCAAUGUAGUCACGUCUGUGGGAAUAAUCCUUGUGAAUAAAGCCCUGAUGGCUACAUAUGGUUUUACUUUCGCCACAACUUUAACCGGUCUGCAUUUUGCCACGACAACCUUGUUGACUAUCGUGCUUAAGUCGCUGGGAUAUAUCCAGACGUCUCAUCUUCCGUUAUCUGAUAUCAUCAAAUUUGUCGUAUUUGCAAAUUUCUCCAUUGUUGGAAUGAACGUGAGUUUAAUGUGGAAUUCUGUCGGUUUCUAUCAGAUUGCUAAGCUGAGUAUGAUUCCAGUAUCUUGUUUACUGGAAGUUGUAUUGGACAAUGUGCAAUAUUCAAGGGACACCAAGCUUAGUAUUGUUUUGGUUCUGCUUGGUGUUGCCGUCUGCACAGUCACUGAUGUCAGCGUCAAUGCAAAGGGUUUCAUAGCUGCUUUAAUAGCAGUUUGGAGCACGGCACUGCAGCAGUAUUAUGUUCAUUUUCUUCAAAGAAAGUAUUCUAUUGGAUCAUUUAACUUGUUGGGCCAUACUGCACCAGCACAAGCAGCAAGUUUACUGCUAGUAGGCCCUUUUCUGGACUAUUGGUUGACAAGCAAACGAGUCGAUGCCUAUGCCUAUGGUUUGACAUCCGUUUUGUUCAUCAUUCUGUCUUGCACUAUCGCAGUAGGGACAAACCUCAGCCAGUUCAUCUGCAUUGGUAGGUUUACGGCUGUAUCAUUCCAAGUCCUUGGCCAUAUGAAGACUAUUCUGGUCCUGUUCUUAGGAUUCAUGUUGUUUGGAAAAGAGGGUCUCAAUCUACAAGUCGUUCUGGGCAUGAUCAUUGCAAUAGCGGGAAUGAUCUGGUAUGGCAAUGCUUCUUCUAAGCCCGGGGGGAAAGAGCGUCGUAGCUUUUCCAUUCCUACCACCAAAACACAAGAUUAUAGUACAGUACCUGUAUCCUCUGAACCAGAUGAGAAGGUAUAGAAAAUAGGAGAAGUUCAUGGGAAAAUCAGGUGCCCCUUUGGAGAUCUGAUUUAUUUUCUUUACACCCAGAAGGAGUUCCCAAUUAUUUAUAGAUCAUAGUCCUAUAUAUAUGCUUUUGUGUAAUGAGUUGUAUGGGAAGGAGGGGAGAGGACAACACAUUUGUUAAAGGGGGAAAAUUCUACAUUAUGUUUAAUUUUUUUAUAAUAGAAAAUGUAACAGUUAUUUUUAUGAUA